AUAUCUCUUACUGAUAUAAAAUACAGUAUCAUAUCUCUUGCUGAUAGAAAAUACAGUAUCAUAUCUCUUACUGAUAUAAAAUACAAAAUCAUAUCUCUUGUUGAUAUAAAAUACAAUAUCAUAUCUCUUACUGAUAUAAAAUACAGUAUCAUAUCUCUUGCUGAUAGAAAAUACAGUAUCAUAUCUCUUACUGAUAUAAAAUACAAAAUCAUAUCUCUUGUUGAUAUAAAAUACAAUAUCAUAUCUCUUGCUGAUAUAAAAUACAAUAUCAUAUCUCUUGCUGAUAGAAAAUACAGUAUCAUAUCUCUUACUGAUAUAAAAUACAAUAUCAUAUCUCUUGCUGAUAGAAAAUACAAUAUCAUAUCUCUUGCUGGUAUAAAAUACAAUAUCAUAUCUCUUGCUGAUAUAAAAUACAAUAUCAUAUCUCUUACUGAUAGAAAAUACAAUAUCAUAUCUCUUGCUGAUAUAAAAUACAAUAUCAUAUCUCUUGCUGAUAUAAAAUACAGUAUCAUAUCUCUUGCUGGUAUAAAAUACAAUAUCAUAUCUCUUGCUGAUAUAAAAUACAAUAUCAUAUCUCUUACUGAUAUAAAAUACAGUAUCAUAUCUCUUGCUGAUAUAAAAUACAAUAUCAUAUCUCUUGCUGGUAUAAAAUACAAUAUCAUAUCUCUUGCUGGUAUAAAAUACAAUGUCAUAUCUCUUGCUGGUAUAAAAUACAAUAUCAUAUCUCUUGCUGGUAUAAAAUACAAUAUCAUAUCUCUUGCUGGUAUAAAAUACAAUAACAUAUCUCUUGCCGAUACAAAAUGCAAUGAGCUUCCUGUUGCUAAUGUUAAAGUGUAA